AUGGUUUUCACCAACACCUGUAUUCUGGCGCAUUUAAUAAAAUCUGCUAUAAUCGUCAGUGAUUUAGAUUUGCAUGAAAUCUGGCCUAAAGUGGAAUAUGGAACUACAAAAGGGGUUGUCGUCCUGGGAACCCCUGCGGAAGAAGAUGGUGGUGGCAAAAUUGAUUUAAUCAAAGCGGGGGCUUUUGAAAAUCUUGAUGUUGUUUUUAUGGCCCAUCCUUCCCAAGAGAAUGCUGCUUAUCUACCUGAUGUGGCUGAACAUGAUAUGACUGUGAAAUACUAUGGAAAAGCAUCUCAUGCUGCUGCUUACCCCUGGGAAGGCGUAAAUGCAUUAGAUGCUGCUGUUCUCGCUUACAACAAUCUGUCUGUGUUAAGACAACAAAUGAAACCAACCUGGAGAGUUCAUGGUAUAAUAAAAAAUGGUGGUAUAAAACCCAAUAUCAUUCCCUCUUAUUCUGAAUUAACCUAUUACCUCCGUGCACCCUCAAUGAAAGAACUUCCAGUUUUGACCAAAAAGGCAGAAGAUUGCUUCAGAGCUGCAGCUUUGGCUACGGGGUGCACAGUAGAAAUUAAAGAUGGAGCACAUGAUUAUUACAAUGUUCUUCCCAAUAAAAGUCUAUGGAAAGCGUACAUGGAAAAUGGGACGAAACUGGGAAUAGAAUUCAUUUCAGAAGGUGGAAUGUUGAAUACUCCAUCAGGAUCUACUGAUUUUGGAAAUGUUACUUUUGUGGUUCCUGGAAUUCAUCCAUAUUUUUACAUUGGCUCUAGUGCCCUGAAUCAUACUGAACAAUAUACUGAAGCUGCAGGAGCACAAGAAGCUCAGUUCUAUACCUUACGCACUGCUAAAGCUCUGGCAAUGACUGCAUUGGAUGUUAUUUUUAAACCAGAGCUGCUUGAAAGCAUCAGAGAGGACUUCAAAUUGCAACUUCAAGAAGAAGAAUUUUUAAAUACAGUAGAAUAA